AUGUGCAUCUUGCCUGAGGUGCAUGCUCCAGAGCGUCGUGUUCCAUUCCGGGAGAAGGUGCUGUGGACUCUGAUUUCUUUGGCGGUGUUUUUGGUUUGCUGCCAAAUUCCUCUUUAUGGUAUCCGCACCAGCCGCAGCGCUGAUCCCUUCUACUGGAUGCGCGUCAUCUUGGCAUCCAACAGGGGAACGCUCAUGGAGUUGGGUAUUUCACCAAUCGUCACGAGUGGAAUGGUGAUGCAGCUGCUCGCCGGGUCCAAGAUCAUUCAAGUUGAUCAAAGUCUCAAAGAAGACAGAGCCCUCUUCCAAGGAGCCCAGAAACUGCUGGCGCUGCUCAUCACCAUUGGGGAGGCGGUGGCGUACGUCAUCAGUGGCAUGUAUGGGCCGAUAUCUGAAAUCGGGGCAGGCAGCGCAUUGCUGAUUAUUCUUCAGCUGUUUUUCGCCGGAGUUGUUGUCAUCAUCUUGGACGAACUUCUGCAGAAAGGCUAUGGGCUGGGCAGUGGUAUUUCUCUCUUCAUUGCGACAAACAUCUGCGAAACAAUCGUGUGGAAGGCGUUCAGUCCUACGACGAUAAAGACGGGAAAGGGUACCGAGUUUGAGGGUGCAUUGGUCGCUCUCUUCCACUGCCUGUUUACGAAGAGCACCAACAUGGUGGCACUGAAGGAAGCUUUCUAUCGUUCGAAUGCACCGAACAUUACAUCUUUGCUGGCUACAAUUUUGGUGUUUUUGAUUGUUAUUUAUUUCCAAGGUUUCCGUGUCGAUCUCGCCGUCAAGUACCAGCGUGUGCGCGGCCAGCAAGGCAACUACCCCAUUAAGCUAUUCUACACCAGCAACAUUCCUAUCAUCUUGCAAACAGCAUCCAGCUCGCGCGACGUUGCAAAACAACUCAGAGAUCAGCAGAUGGUUAUGAAGGGAUACAGAGACAGCUCGCUUGUGCAGGUGUUGAACCGCUACAUUCCUACUGCUGCUGCUUUCGGGGGGAUGUGCAUCGGCGCGCUGACGAUCAUUGCGGAUUUCUUGGGGGCUAUUGGUAGCGGCACCGGUAUUCUGUUGGCUGUCACAAUUAUCUAUCAGUACUAUGAGAUGCUGGCGAAGGAGAAAGAACAAGGUGAUAAGGACCCAGCUUUUUGUGUGUUUUCGGAGAGUGGUCAGGAGUGA